UUCUACUAAUCUUGCCAGGUCCCAGUCAAGCCAUAGAUUCUCCUUCUGGAUCUGGGCUCUGCACAUGGGACAGCACAAAAGGUCCUAGUCCCCCUCUGUCCAUGUGUCACAGUGCUGAGAGAUGCAGCUGCAGCAGAAGUUAGCUGGGAUGCUGGUGACCUUCGAGGCGGUGGCUGUGUAUUUCACCCAGGGGCAGGGGGCUCUGCUGGACCCCGCUCAGAGAGCCCUCUACAGGGACGUCAUGCAGGAGAACUACGAGAUGGUGACUUCACUGGGAUUUCCCAUUCCCAAACCUGACCUGAUCACCCAACUGGAACGAGGGGAAGAGCCGUGGGUCCUGGAUCUCCAGGUCACAGAAGAAGGGGAGAGCCCGAGAGGCACCUGCACAGCAGGUGAUAUGACAGUGAGUAAGAACAAGGAGGAAAUUCAGCAGCAGGAAGAUCCUGAGCAAGUGAAACUGCAGGAGACGUUUCUGAGAAGAGCUGAAGGGAAUUUUUCCCAGUGCUUGGAACAGGGCAAAGCCUGGGGAAAUCGGUGCAGGUCUGAGAGCCAGCUGAGAAACUACUUCAUUUUUUGGGUGGAUGAAUCCAUUCAAUAUGGGGGAGGAUGCAAAGAUCCCAAGGAAACCACAGCCCCACAAACAUAUCACCAGGAACAGAAACCCUAUAAACGCCUAGAGAAUAGGAAAAAGUUCAGUGUGAGUAGAAACCUUGUUACAUGUUGGAGAAACCACUCUGACGAGAAACCCUAUAAAUGCUUGGACUGUGGGAAAACCUUCAGUAAGAGCUCAGACCUUAUUAAACACGGCAGAAUGCACACAGGGGAACGACCUUAUAAAUGCCUGGACUGUGGGAAAACCUUCACUCAGAGCUCACACGUUAUUACACACCAGAGGUUGCACACAGGAGAGAGACCUUAUAAAUGCCUUGAGUGCGGGAAAGGAUUCAACGUGAGAUCAAACCUUAUUAAACAUCAGCGAAACCACACGGGAGGGAAACCCCAUAUUUGCUUGGAUUGUGGGAAAUGUUUUAAUCACAGCUCCUACCUUAUUACGCAUCAGAGACUGCACACGGGAGAGAGACCCUAUAAAUGUCUUGAGUGUGGGAAAUGUUUCAAUCAGAGCUCUAGUCUUAUCACACAUCUGAGAACCCACACGGGAAAUAAACCCUAUCCAUGCCUCGACUGUGGGAAAAGCUUCAGUGUGAGAUCACAACUUAUUAUUCAUCAGAGAAUCCACACAGGAGAGAGACCUCAUAAAUGCUUGGACUGUGGCAAAAGCUUCAGUCACAGCUCACACCUUACUAAACAUCGGCGAAUUCACACAGGAGAGAGACCCUAUAAAUGUCUUGAGUGUGGGAAAACUUUCAAUCAGAGCUCACACCUUAUUAUGCAUCAGAGAACCCACACGGGAGAGAGACAUUAUAAGUGCCUCGAAUGUGGGAAAAGUUUUGUUCGGAGAUCAGCCCUUAUUACGCAUCAGCGAAUCCAUACAGGAGAGAAACCCCAUACGUGUUUGGACUGCGGGAAAAGUUUUAGUCAGAGAUCAGCCCUUAUUAGACAUCAGAGAAUCCAUACGGGAGAGAAACCUCAUACAUGCCUCAACUGUGGGAAAAGAUUCAUUCAGAGAUCACACCUUAUCACCCAUCAGACAAUCCACAAGGGAGAGAGAACCCAUAAAUGUUUGGACUGUGGGAAAAGCUUCAAUAACAGCUCCUACCUCACCAAACAUCGGAGAAUCCACAAGGGCGAGAAACCGUAUAAAUGCUUGGACUGUGGGAAAACCUUCAGUAAGAGCUCAGGCCUUGUUAAACACGGCAGAAUGCACAUGGUGGAGCGACCUUAUAAAUGCCUGGACUGUGGGAAAACCUUCAUUCAGAGCUCAGAUCUUCUUAUACACCAGAGGCUGCACACAGGAGAGAGACCUUAUAAUUGCCUCGAGUGUGGGAAAAGAUUCAACGUGAGAUCAAACCUUAUUAAACAUCGGCAAAAACACACAGGAGAGAAACCCCAUAUUUGCUUGGAUUGCGGGAAGUGUUUCAAUCACAGCUCCUACCUUAUUACGCAUCAGAGACUGCACACGGGAGAGAGACCCUAUAAAUGUCUAGAGUGUGGGAAAAGCUUCAGUAACAGUGCACACCUUAUUAAACAUCGCCGAAUUCACACUGGAGAGAGACCGUAUAAAUGUCUUGAGUGCAGGAAAAGUUUCAAUCAGAGCUCACACCUUACUGUACAUCAGAGAACGCACACGGGACAAAAACCCCAUACAUGUUUGGACUGUGGGAAGAGUUUUAGUCAGAGAUCGGUCCUUCUUAGACAUCAGAGAAUCCAUACAGGAGAGAAACCCUAUACGUGUUUGGACUGUGGGAAAAGUUUUAGUCAGAGAUCAUCCCUUCUUACGCAUCAGAGAAUCCAUACGGGAGAGAAACCCCAUACGUGUUUGGACUGUGGGAAAAGAUUCAUUCAGAAAUCACACCUUACUACACAUCAGACAAUUCACGUAGGAGAGAAAACCCAUAAAUGUUUGGACUGUGGGAAAAGCUUCAGUAACAGCUCCUACCUCACUAAACACCGGAGAAUCCACAAGAGGGAGAAACUCUAUAAAUGCCUCGGAUAUGGGAAAAGCUUCAGUGUGAGGACCAACCUUAUUACACAUCAGAGAAACCACACGGGAGAGAAGUCCUAUAAAUGCUGGGAGUGCGGGAAAAGCUUCCAUCAGAGCUCAAGCCUCACUAAACAUCGGAGAAUCCACACGGGAGAGAGACCCUAUGAAUGCCUCGACUGCGGGAAAAGAUUCAGUGUGAGAACAAACCUUAUUACGCAUCAGAGACUGCACACGGGAGAAAAACCCUAUAAAUGCUUGGACUGCGGGAAAGGCUUUAGUCAGAGCUCAAGCCUUACCAAUCAUCGGAGAAUCCACACAGGAGAGACACCCUAUAAAUGCCUUGACUGCGGGAAAAGUUUCAAGGUGAAAACCAAUUUGAUUACACAUCAGAGAAACCACACGGGAGAGAAACCCUACACGUGUUCGGACUGUGGGAAAAGCUUCAGCCAGAGCUCAAGCCUCACGAAACACUUGAGAGUCCAUACGGGAGAGAGACCCCAUACGUGCCUAGUGUGUGGGAAAAGUUUUAGUGAGAGUUCAACACUUAUUAAGCAUGGAAGAGUCCAUACGCGGGACAGACCCUAUGAGUAACUCGAGCGUGGGAAGAGAUUGAAAGAUAAGCCAUUGUUACGCAUCGGGGAACCCACACAGGAGAGAAACCCGUAAAUGCUUGGACUGUGAGACACUUCAGUUGCGGCUGAAACCUUAUGAAACAUCAGUGAAUGCACAAGGGUGGGAGAUCCUAAAAGUAACUUGACUGUGGGAAAAGAUUCAGAGCUCAGACAUGAUUACACAUCACAUAAUUCCUGAGCAAGAAAGAGACCUUCAGUGUGGGGGAAGCUUCAACUGGUGCUCCUUCACUAGGAAACAUCAUCAAAUGCACACAGAGGAGAGUCCUGUUUGGAGCAUUUUGAAAGCUGAAGACGUCUAAGUGUAGCUAAUUCCAUGUUGGACGUCAGAGACUCCUCCACACAGCAGGGAAAUUCUCUCAGGGCCCUGACUGGGGCCGACCAUGGUGACAAACCCAUUUCCUCGUUCCCACACACAUCAGGGGCGUUUGGCUCCCAAGGAUCCAGCUGCUCAUUGCAGGAGUGAGGAUCCAGCAGCAGCCGAGCAGCAGCUGUCAGUGACCUUCUGGCUCUGCCUGGUCUAAGCAAACCCCAGGCAGAGGAGGAGAAACCCCCAUCAGCCCCUCCUCCCUGCUGCAGCCCUGGCUGCUGAGCUGAUGGGCCACAGGUGG